CCUCGAAAGCGACCCCCUUGCCGUGCCACUUAAUGACAUUUGAGGCGUUUGGAGCAGCGAUGAUCAAACCAGCUCUUCUAUCACUCGGAUGCCUGUUUCUGCUGUUCAGUCUGUCUCCGUGUGAAGGUCAGUCUCAGCUGAUUGGUCCUCCUCAGCCAAUAGUGGCGAUGGUUGGUGAUGACAUCAUCUUGCCAAGCCACCUGGACCCUGCUGUGGAUGUUGCGGCCACAACAGUGGAGUGGACAAGACCCGCCCUGAAGCCCAGAUUUGUCCAUGUGUGGCAUAAUGGUCUAGAGCUUCUGAUUCAGCAAGAUCCAUCCUACAAGGGCAGAACGUCUCUGUCCCUGGGCAAACUGAAGAAUGGAGACGCUUCACUGAAACUCUCUGAGGUGAAAAUCUCUGAUGAAGGAAAAUACAGAUGCUUCAUCCCUUCACUGGGCAGUGAAUCUAUAGUUGAGCUUGUUGUUGGUGCUGCCUCCUCUCCUCAAACUAUCAAUGUGAGCAAAAGCAGCAGUGGAGUGGUUUUAGAGUGUGAAAGUGACGGCUGGUACCCAGAGCCUGAGCUGUUUUGGCUGGACGCUGAGGGAAAGCUCCUCUCUGCUGGAGCUCCAGAGACAGUCAGAGGUCCUGAUGGCCUCUAUACUGUCAGCAGCAGAGUGACUGUGGAGAAGAGCCACAGCAACAGCUUCACCUGCAGGGUUCAGCAGAGCAAAAUACAGCAAACCAGGGAGACACAGAUUCAUGUACCAGAUUAUUUCUUCGUGGAUAUAUAUGACCGUUCUGCUCUCUACGUCGCCAUUGUCUUUGCUGUCCUCUUUGUCUUCAUGAAUUGA